AUGACUGAAGAAGAAUUAAAGAGGAAAAUUAGAGUCCGCGGGGGUCACCAGGCUUCAGCCAAACGCAUAAUUGCCGCAGCUGAAGAAAGUCUUCAAGUAUUCGACCCAAACAACCCAGAAACAGUUAUUAAGGUGAAACAGCAGCUGACCACCCUCAAGGAAAAAAUGAAAACUCUGAGUGUGCACGAUGAAGAAUUAUUAAGUUUGGUAAAGGAAGAAGAAAUCGAAAACGAGAUUGAACAAGCUGAUAUAUUUAAGGAACGAUUACAACACUCGAUAGUAAGCAUUGAAAUGGCACUAGAGAAAAUUGCAAAUGAGACAUUGGCUCAUGGUAGCACUGUUAGUGGCACAUCACCCAGCUCGUCUAAUGUAAGUCAAAAUUCAUCUUAUUCUGCUACUGUAAAAUUACCAAAGUUAAGCUUGAAAAAAUUUAGUGGGGAUGUCACAAAGUGGACAACAUUUUGGGAGUGCUAUGAAUCUGCCAUUCACAAUAAUGCUAAUCUCACAAAGAUUGAAAAGUUCAAUUAUUUAAAAUCACUUUUGGAACAUUCUGCAGCAGAAACUAUAGAGGGACUGCAGUUAACAAAUGCAAACUAUGAUGAAGCAAUUAAGAUCUUGAAAGAUAGGUUUGGAAAUCAACAAAUUAUUAUCAAUAGCCACAUGGAAGCCCUGUGUAAUAUACCAAAUGUUGGAAGUAUUGACAAUGUCAAAAUGCUUCGUCAACUUUAUGACAAAGUAGAAACCCAUGUGAGAAGCCUUACAAGUCUUGGAGUCAACUCAGGCUCAUAUGGGAAUCUAAUGAUUUCAAUUCUCAUGAAUAAGCUACCACAAGCAAUGCGUGUUAUUGUUACGAAGGCAUUGGGGAGCACAUGGACCCUUGACAAAAUGUUGGAUACUGUUAAGUCUGAAUUAGAAGCCCGUGAAAGAGCCAACAUGUUGAGUUCAAAACCAGCAAGCAAACCACCAUAUUCCCCACAUCCAAGGGGAUACAGCAGUGCAGCAGCCCUCCUAAACAAUGGAACCCCUCCGACAUGCACUUAUUGUAAAAAUACCCAUCCCUCAGUUCAUUGUAAUGUUGUCACCAACCCGAAUGCGAGAAAGCAGAUCCUACAAAAGGAAGGCAGAUGUUAUAUCUGCCUUCGGAAAAAUCAUGUCAGCCGAGGAUGCACAUCGUCCCUGAAAUGUUAUCACUGUGGGAAACGUCACCAUGCGAGUAUAUGCAAUGCCAGACCAUCAAGAAAUGAAAAUGAGAAAGAAACCCACAACGUCGACCAUGAAGGUACCAAACCUCCCAAAGACCAGAAGAGCAAUGACACCCCAGAUAACAAGAAAACCAACAACACCCCGGAUAACAAGCAAACCCCCCAUGAGGAAAGAAAAUCUCAUUCUCUAUAUAUUGAAAAUGGUACUUCCAUUUUGUUACAAACUGCACAAGCAGAAGCAUAUAAGUCAGAUGCACCAGAAACAAGCAUCCCAGUUAGAGUGAUCUUGGACAGUGGCAGCCAAAGAUCCUAUAUAACGACAGAAUUAAGGGACAAGUUAAAUCUCCCAACACUCAAAUCUGAACCGCUUAUGAUUAAAACGUUUAACUCAGAAAGGGAAUCAGUGCAAGUAUGCGAUGUUGUCCAGUUAUGUAUUGGUAAAGAAGGAAGUCUAGCAGUAAAUCUUAAUGCCUAUUGUGUACCUACAAUUUGUUCUCCACUUGUCAACCAAAACACCCGAGUGUCCCAAUCCCAGUACGACCACCUAGCAUCCCUUAAAUUAGCAGAUGAGACUAGUGGGAUAGAAGCAGCAACGAUAGAGAUACUAGUUGGAUCAGAUCAGUAUUGGCAAUUAGUAACAGGAGAAGUAGUGAAAGGCGAAUCAGGGCCCACAGCCAUGAACACGAAGUUAGGUUGGGUGCUCUCUGGCCCAAUCGAAAGAAGCACUGUGAGUCACCAGCCGGUGACAAACCUUGCAUGCACACAUGUUUUGAAAUGUGCAGCGAAUCCCUUGAAAGACGGUGUUGGAUUAGAUAAUGAAAUAAAGAAAUUUUGGGAGUUAGAGGCAUUAGGUAUUCAACCAGAAGAGGCGUCAGUUUAUGAGGAUUUUACGAACACGAUAUCACGUAAAGAUGGAAGAUACGAAGUUCAAUUACCAUGGAAACACUCUCAUCCGGUCUUGCCAGAUAACUACAAGGCUUCCCUACAGCGUUUUCAUUCUCUGUACAAUCGAUUAAAGCAGACCCCAAGAAUUUUGGAAGAAUAUGACAACGUCAUUAAAGACCAACUUCAGAAAGAGAUUGUAGAAAGAGUAAAUGAAUCUGAGGCUUGUGAAAUUGGCAAGGUACACUAUCUACCACAUCAUGCCGUCAUACGCAGAGACAAGGAAACAACAUGUUUGAGGGUAGUUUACGAUGCGUCCUCUAAGUCCAACGGAAUCUCGCUGAACAGUUGUUUAUAUACUGGGCCAUCUUUGUCCCAGAAUAUAUUAGACAUACUGAUACGAUUUCGAAGUUUCAAGGUAGCAAUGAUUAGUGACAUCGAGGAGACGUUCCUGAUGGUCUCUAUUGCGGAAGUCGACAGAAAUGUGUUGAGGUUUCUGUGGGUAGACGACAUUUCCAAGGAGAAACCAGAAAUCAUCAUCCUUCGCUUUACCAGAGUCGUUUUUGGAGUUUCAUCAAGCCCAUUUCUACUCAAUGCAACCAUUGCACACCACAUCGGACAGUAUGAAAUAGUUGAUCCCACAUUCAUAGAAAGGUUUUUAGAAAACAUCUACGUUGAUGACCUUAGCGCUGGAGGAGCGAGCGUGAGUGAUACCUAUGAAUUUUACGUGAAAUCUAAGUUGAUAUUGGCUGAAGGAGGGUUUAACCUGAGAAAGUUCAUGUCAAAUUCUAAAGAAUUAAUGAAUAAAAUCGAUGCAAAUGAAUCCCGAUUGCAGAUAACUACUGAUUCUACGAAUAACUCGAAUGAUACAGCUUCAGUUAUGAGUACGUCAAGUGAUCAAGCUUCAUCCAACGAACUCGUAAACGCAGAAGGUCCAAUGAAUGCUGUCGGUCUAGAAGAUGAAUCGUACACAAAAACCAAAUUAGGAAGUGGCAAGCCAAUCUUUAACCAAGGAGAGCAGAAAGUCUUAGGUUUGCGAUGGAACACAUCGACAGACUGUUUCCUUUUCGACCUAAAGAGCCUUGUAGAAAAUGCAAAGAAUUGCGAACCAACAAAACGAAACAUUGUUAGUGUGGUAUCAAGUAUAUACGACCCUGUUGGAUUCCUGUCGCCAAUAACAAUUCGACUUAAAAUCCUGCUACAAGAGCUGCAUGAAAGAAAAAUCAGUUGGGACGAACCACUAGAUGUGACGUCGAAGUCAGCAUGGUUCAAAUUAGUUGGAGAACUCGAGAAGGUCGAACAGAUGGUCUUCCCUAGAUGUUUUGUCGUCGGCGUAGAGGAAGAAGUUAUGUCUUAUUCGCUACACGGGUUCUGUGACGCCUCCGUCAAAGCGUAUGCCGCAGUAAUUUAUCUAAAGAUGGAGACAUUACAUGGUGUAUACGUAAGCUUCGUAACGUCGAAAUCGAGAGUGUCUCCCCUGGAAAGACAGUUGAUUCCGCACUUAGAACUAUUGUCAGCGCUCAUACUCGCCCGGCUUAUCGAUAAUGUUGAACGAGCAUUGAAAUCAGUCAUAAAUCUUGGUCCAUUGACAUGCUGGACAGACUUGAAGGUCUCGCUGUAUUGGAUAACACAGCUCGAUAAGGAAUGGAAACAAUUCAUUCAAAAUAGAGUUAUCGAAAUUCGGAAACUCAAGUAG